AUGGCGUGGAUCCUGCCCGGCGAUGCGCCCUCUGAGUCCCCCGGGCGCCCGCCAUUGACCUCGCAGCAGUCGAAUUCCUUGCCCUCGACCCCCUAUCAACAUGCGCGCAACCUCUCCUUCCACUCUCGCUCGCCCUCGCCGCCUCGCGGCAGCACCUCGCCCCGUUCUACCCACUCCGAGACCACCCACCUGCCACCCUCGCUUCGGCCCUCCGGCGCCGUCUGCAAAUAUGAGACUAGCAUGGCCUUCUUUCGCCGCCGUAUGCCCUACACCCUCGGCGCCGACCUGCUGCCCGCCGAGAAGGAUGGCCUCAAGGACCGUCUGGCCCCCGGCGAGGAGAAGACUCUGACCGAUGACAUCCUGCGGCUCUACGACCAGCUGCUGCCCUCGGCUGAGAGCGAUGACCGCCGUCGCCAGCUCGUUCGCAAACUGGAAAAGCUCUUUAACGACCAGUGGCCGGGUCGCGAUAUCAAAGUCCACGUCUUUGGCUCCUCGGGGAACAAGCUGUGCUCAAGUGAUUCGGAUGUCGACAUUUGCAUCACCACAACCUACAAAGAGCUCGAACGUGUGUGUCUCCUGGCAGAAGUCCUCGCCAAGCAUGGAAUGGAACGCGUCGUCUGCGUCUCCCACGCCAAGGUACCAAUUGUGAAGAUCUGGGACCCAGAGCUUCGGCUGGCCUGCGACAUGAAUGUCAACAACACGCUCGCCUUGGAGAACACUCGCAUGAUCCGGACUUAUGUUGAUGUCGACGAGCGGGUACGACCAUUGGCCAUGAUUAUCAAAUAUUGGACCAAGCGCCGAAUCUUGAACGAUGCUGCUUUGGGCGGUACCUUGAGUUCGUAUACGUGGAUCUGCCUAAUCAUCAACUUCCUUCAAACUCGAGAUCCCCCCAUAUUGCCCAGUCUACAGGCCCGUCCGCACCCGCAACGGCUCACGACGGACGGUCUAGUUUGUUCCUUUGAUGACGAUCUCGACUCCCUGGCUGGGUUUGGUCGGCCAAACAAGCAGACCCUGGGAGAUCUACUCUUCCAGUUCUUCCGCUACUAUGGUCAUGAGCUUGACUAUGAAAAGAAUGUCGUCUCCGUCCGCGAGGGCCGCCUGAUUUCGAAAGAACGCAAAGGGUGGCAUCUGCUGCAAAACAAUCGUCUCUGCGUCGAGGAGCCUUUCAACACCUCGCGCAACUUGGGCAACACUGCCGACGAUACCUCGUUCCGUGGUGUCCAUAUGGAACUCCGUCGGGCCUUCCAAACCAUCGCCGAGGGCAGCCUGGCGCACUGUUGCGAACAGUACGAGUAUCCGCCGGAGGAGGAGCGAUUAUGGGAACGUCCACCCCCUCAGCCGAAACCAGUGCUCUCCGCAACCCCCUCGACCGCCAUCCGCGGCGGGCGAGGAGCUGGCCGUGGAGGAGGUCGCCAUUCGAAUCAUCGUGGCGGUGGGGGGGGCGGAGGGCCGCAUCUCAGCCGUCGGACCUCGCACACGAACAACAAUAACAACAAUCACAACAGCAGCAGCAACAACAACAACAACAACAACAACAACAACAACAACAACAACAACAACAACAGCAGCAGCAGCAAUCGGUCGAAUAACUUUCGGCCUUCGACGGUAAGCAUGACCCCGUCGGAGCUGUCGCUGCACGCACAGCAUGCCCAGUAUCUGCUGCAUGAUCAUCUAUACCAGCAGAUCCAGAUCCUGCAAGCCCAGGAGCAGGAACUGCGGUUACAACUCCAGAACCAAGCGCUGCUGACCGGUCGACCGCCACCGGUCUUGAUCCGCCAGCCCUUCAUCCAAUUCCCAGUAGCUCCCCCACAGGAGUCGACAUCUUCGUCCACAUCAACGUCAUCCUCGACAACAACCAAUGCAUCGAACACGACGACGACAACGGCGACCGGAGAUGAAACCCCCCGCAGCCGGUCUGGAACGGUCAACCACCCGCCGUUGACGGCACCUCUGCGCCAGCCCAUCUAUUAUCCAUCAGCCUAUCUACCCAUUGCCGUACCCGGGGUAACAGGAAGCAGCAAUACGAACCCUCCCUCGCCGUCUGCGGCACCAGUGGCGUUGCCGGAUCUGCGGCGCAAUCCUCGUCGAUCGUCUGUGGCCAACGGCUCCCCCGGCGGGUCGCUCCGCGCCCACUCGCAGCCGGCGAGAUCGUUGCAUUCCCCGGUCUUACCAAACUUCAUGUCCUUUGCCUCGAUCGCUCAGUCUGGAGAGGGCAUCAUCACCAGCCCCAAAUCGCCCGCCCUUGCCGUCAGUUCUCCAGACCGCGCCCAGAGUCGAAGCGAAGAGGAAGGGGAUGAGGAAGAGGGCAGACGCGGCAUACCCACCGGAUCUCGCUCCCCCGCCACCAUCCCGGCCUACUGGGAUGAGAACCGACCAUCCGAGUACAUUGGGUACUAUCUUGGCACCUCUCCGCAGAUGCAUACGUUCCACCAGCAACCGCCGCAGCUGUUUGCGCCUCUGUCGGCUUCGCCGUACGGCUUGACGGCGUUGCAGACUAGUGGUUUCCUCUCCCUAUUGGGGGGUGCGACCCAACAAGAUGUGCGAUCAGCACCUGCCUUCUCGUCAUCCUCUCCGGAUCCCAGCUCGACGCCUUCUGCAUGGCCGCUGCCGCCGCCGCCACCGCCGCGCCCGCCGCGCACAGUCCCUCGAACGAUGCCCGCCGACCGGGGUCCGCUCAUUAUCGAUGGAUCGGUCCCCCUCAGCGAGUCUCGAUCACCGAUCCCGUCUAGUCGGGGUUUGGACUCUUACGACACAACGGCAAUGAUUGACCCUUAUACAUCUAAUUCGGAUGACCAGCUAAUUGACACGCCGGCCAGUACGACGACCUCCGACCCGUUGUCUUCGGUGGAGACGGACCAGUCAACCUCUUUCACCCAGCCGGCGUCAAACUUACCCCCACCCACCGUCGAAGCACACACGGUGAAUGGGCCGAACGUACGGCUCGGCCUACUGUCGACGCGGCUUCAAAAUCUACACCUUGCGAACGCGCAGCAGCAGCAGCAGCAGCAGCAGCAGCAGCAAGCUCUGGAACCAUCUUUAUCGAAGCCUGGCUCGGAUAAAGGCAAGUCGGCACCUCGUCUCCCCACCUCAUCUCCCCAUGAAACUGUCCACACGGGGAAAGGUCCUUCUGUCGUGACGAUGGAGAAAACCUCCUCCGACUCGCGCUCCAAACGUCGGCCGAAUCACCCGGACUCCCACGACAAGCCAAAUGGGGCCAGCCAUAAGGCGAAAUCGAAGUAUCCAUCGCCGAUAGAGACUGGCAAGGACCGUCACUCAGACCAAAUAUCACGGAGAGGACCCCAUGGCGUCGGCACAACGGGUGGUAGUAUUGGUCCUGUCACCCAUGAGUCUGGCACUCCCCAAGGGACUGGGGCCUGGCAGACUACCAAGAAAAGACAUCGACGAUUCGGCAAGCCUUCACUAGAGCCCAAGCAUCCGGUCAGCAACGGCGCCGAGCCGCUGCCUGCCGAUGAGUCCUUGCGAAAAGGCGGUUGA